AUGUCUUACACUCCCACUACCCACAGCGCAAGCUACGAGGCAAUUUCUGCUACGAAUCCGUCGAUCUCCGCCGCCGGCAAAGUCGUCCUCAUAACUGGAGCCGGAUCUGGAAUUGGAAACGCCGCUUUGUUUUCCUUCGCCACAGCCGGAGCAAAAGCCUUGAUUCUCCUCGGCCGUCGAGUGGAGUUACUUGAGCAGGCUGUGAAGUCUACUUUCAACCAGAUAUUCUCCAAGUUCGGACGUAUCGACAUCGUCAUACACGCAGCUGGAGCCCUCCCGCCCCUGGGCCCUCUAGCAACCGCGCCCCUCCACGAGCUCUGGAAGGCAUUCGAAGUAAACAUAAAAGGCUUCCUGACCUUGGCCCAAGCUAUGUUGGCUGCUACUACCUCGGACCAAAAAGGUCCAUCUCUACCAGUCCUUAUCGUCCUCAACACUGCCGGAAGCAUCAUGCCUCCGCUACCGGGCAUGGGCGGGUAUGUGGCAAGCAAGAUGUCCUCUUUGAAGCUAGCAGAGUACGUUGCUUCGGAGAACAAGGACAAGUUGCGGGUCAUUUCGGUGCACCCAGGUCUCAUCCAGACUCCGAUGGCUGAAGAGCUUGAGAAGGCGGGACUCAAAUUUCCAUAUGACGACAUCUCUCUUCCCGCAGACUUUCUCGUCUGGGCCACCAGCCAAGAAGCGGCUUUCCUGAAUGGGAGAUUUGUCUUCGCCAACUGGGAUGUGGAGGAGCUCAAGGCUAGUGCUGGGAAGAUUGAGGGUGGUUCAGACCUCAGCUUGAUGUUGCGAGGCCUGUGA